GUGGUAGGCCCCACAAGAUAGUUGUUGCGUCACAAUAGCCGCCUUCAAACCAUUAGUCCAUUCUGCCAUUACUACUACAGCACAGUCAUCUGUUACAGCAUCAUUCUCAAUUUCUCAUGCAAACAACUUCAUCUUAUUUUCGUUUGCCUUUGCGUAUAAAAGUCACCUGUGGAUUGGUCAUCUUAGAAGUUCCUCGACGAUACGAUCCAGAUCCGCCCAAACCCGUCGAGCACCAGCCUCGCGCGCAAGAUAAUAUCCAACACGUCCACUAUUAUCUAUACCUAUCCAGGUAGCGGUACAAAUUUUAGAAGAUGGAUGACGAUGUGGGUCAGUUUAUGGCCAUAACUGGUAUCUCAGCCGAUUAUGUAGCCCGCGGCUAUCUUGAAAUCUCAGGCGGUGAUCCUAUGCAAGCCAUUCAGCUCUUCUACGAAAAUCCUGAUUUGGCAGAUAGCUUCAACCAGCCUGCCGCUUCAACAUCUACUCCAGCAGGACAACCUACGUCGUCUGCAAGUCGAAGCCAAGCUUUUACCGGUCGCGAGGAUUCCCGCGGGGUAAUCCACAUAGAUUCCGACGACGAUGAUGAUGAUGUACACAUGGCAAAUAAUGAAUUUGAUGUACCUGAUGACGCGGACGACGUCACGUCAUUAGUAAGAAGCGCGCAAGAGGAAGAAGAUGCUGAGAUGGCGAGACGACUGCAAGAGGAAAUGUACUCAGAAAAUCAUGGAUCACUAGAUGGAGUAAGAGCCCCUAUAGCGCAAACAACCGAGACUCUCGCAGCACCCGAUCCCUCGUGGGGAUUAGACGACGACCGAGAAGCCGCCGUUAUGGAACAACUACGUCGGCGGAGAGCACAAGUUACCAGUGCCAACCCCUUCAACCAAUCCUCGGUUGACUGGUUCGACCGCGAAGACGGCGUUCGACCACGAAACACCCCACCUACUUCCAGUAAUACAUCGCGAAGAUUAAGAGAUCUAUUCGCACCCCCGACAGGCUUGAUUACCCGCCUACCAUUAGACGCCGCAAGAGACCUCGGAAAGGAAGAGAAAAAGUGGAUACUUGUUAAUCUUCAGAAGAUGGAUGAUUUUCGAUGCCAGGUUCUUAACAGAGAUCACUGGAAGAACGAAGGCAUUGUGUCUUUGAUUCGCGAGCAUUUUAUCUUCUUACAAUACACUUUAGAUGACCCAGUGGCCCAAUCAUAUACCACGUUCUACUUCAACAAUCAAGCUCAUGAGGACGAAAAUAACUAUCCGCAUGUUUCUAUUAUCGAUCCCCGUACCGGAGAGCAGGUCAAAGUUUGGUCAGGAGAAUCAUUUCCCUCCAUGACGGAGUUUCAUUCAGACCUCGUCGAGUUUCUUGACCGAUACAGCUUAGCGGCUAACAGCAAGAAUCCCGUGGUUAAGACAAAACCGAAGACGAAGCCCGUCGAUAUUAGCCGAAUGUCGGAAGAGGAGAUGCUUAGAAUGGCUUUACAAAACAGUCUUGACGAAGACGGCGGAUCAUCGGGACCUAGCGUCCUGGAUCCGGACGCCCUUACUAAGUCAAACCCAGAUAUUGGAAAAGGCAAGGGUAAAGAGGUUGAUGAGUCUAAUGACUUAGCUGAUGACUCUAAUCAACCCUCUAAUGCAUCAGAGUCGGCAUUUGCCCAAAUAUCAUCAACCAAUCCUCACGUGGAACCCGAGAAUAAUCCGGCAACCACAACCAGAAUACAAUUUCGCCAUGCCGGCGGUCGCAUUAUUCGAAGAUUCUCUAUCACAGACCCCGUUCGCCGUAUCUAUGAGUGGUUGAAGGCCGAGCCUCUCGAGGGCAAGGAGAAUAUCCAAUUCGAGCUCAAAGCAAUGCCGGCAGGUAGAGAUCUCAUCGAGGAGUUAGAAAAGACUAUCGAAGAGGCUGGUUUGAAACAGGGCACAGUUAUGAUCGAGUUUAUUGAGGACUCAUAGUAGAUCAUGUCAUAGGAAAGGAACACAGCCGAUGAUGAGUGGUUGUGGAAUACAUAUUUGCAUUGAUAUUCACGGCUCGGAAGAUGCGUUAUAGACUCACUUGCCACGAUCGCGACGGCUGGGACUGCCGUUGCCUACUACUCUAGAGCUAGUUCCUAGCAGAAACGAAUUCUUCUCCGCGCGUUUGUUAAUUAGUCUUAUUCUUAAUACUUGUGAUGUGUGCUACCUUUGAGGACGAAUUAGAUUGCGUCCUCUACUACAUAGCUUUGGCCUUCUCAUGCAGCAAGAGAAUAAUACGAAUUGAUUCCCCCCAAAAUGUGCCAAGACCCAUC